AUGAGCAGAUUCCAGCCAGACACCUUCUUAGGCCGAUUGAAAGGCAAAGUCGUUUUAUUGACAGGUGGUGCUCAUGGUAUAGGAGAGGCACUGGCAAAGUUCUGUACCAACCAGGGAGCGUAUGUCUGCUUUGGAGACCUGGACAAGAAAGCAGGUCAAGCUCUCGCGGACGACCUCAACAAAGCCCACCCGAACUCGGCGUCAUUCAAGACCACAGACGUCACGAACUAUCAGUCCAUGAUAGAUUUGUUCGACUUUUGCCUGGGAAGAUACGGCCGAGUCGAUAGCGCCAUAUCCUGCGCUGGCAUCAUUGAAAUUGGGAACUGGUUUGACCCUCAUCUAGAUUUAACAUCAGUCCGAGAGGUCCCCAACCAAAAGGUUUUAGACGUCAAUUUACUUGGAUCGUUGUACUUUGCCAGGAUCGCCUGUGUCUAUCUGCGACAGGGCCGCAAGGAUGGAGACGACAAGUCCCUAAUUCUUUUCUCGUCCGUGGCCGGGUUCAAGGAAUCGCCCGGCCUGUUCGUCUAUCAGGCGACGAAGCAUGGUAUUCUUGGGCUGAUGCGCUCGUUAAGACUAUACCUGCCCCCCACGAUGGGUAUUCGCGUCAAUGCCAUAUGUCCGUGGAUGGUCCCCACAACCAUGACAGCGGGGAUUGAGGCCAGCUGGAGAGCAGCAGGCUUGCCUAUCAAUGAGACCGAUGAUGUAGCCAAGAUAGUCGCGGGCGUUGCUUGCGAUGAGCAGCAAAACGGCAAGGCCUUUUACAUCGAAGGCGGCCGAGCAUGGGAGAUCGAAGACAAUAUCAAUCGUUUGGAGCCGCAGUGGCUAGGAGAAGAGCAGGCAAAGUCUCUGGCGAAAGGACAAGAGGUCUUGGGAGCGGGGAUGGAGUGGACCAAGAAGUCCGGAAAUAUCUCCUAUUCUUUCAUCUUAGAGCUGUUGAACGGCCACAUGCCACCCUCGCUCACACACGCUGCACGCUUCGAGUUCAACGCCAAUCAGCGACCCGGUGCUGCGGUCCCUACGGCCUAUGGGCCUUUCGCUGUCCUUGCCUCGAUACCCUCUGAUAUCUUGAAUCUCAACGUGGUCGGUUAUUCGCCGUCGAGUCAGAAUUUCCCGCCUGAGAAUCCCGUCCUUGCCGCCCACUGGCUUCGAACAUGUCUCGAGACUCACAGCGACUGUAAUGUGAAGAGCCAAAGCAACCCCUACUGGCGCCCGUCUCGGCUGAUUGAGGUCCAAUACGAGAAUCGUCAGCUCUCAGCACGGCUUCAGGUCGACGAGAAAGCCAAACAAGCUAGCGGUUACCUAACCCUGUCGCACCGUUGGGGGAGUCAAACAGUUUUACAACUGCGAAAUGAUACUCUGGUAGCCUUUCAGACCUCUCUGCCCAUGGCAGAAGUUUCUCCAACUUUCCGCGACGCGAUGAUGGUGACCAUUAGCCUGGGCUAUCGCUUUCUGUGGAUCGACUCGCUUUGCAUCAUCCAGGACUCGCCCUCCGACUGGAACGAACAAUCGAUGCUCAUGGACAGAGUUUACAGCUGCUCCUCCCUGAACAUUGCGGCCACCGUUGUCAACGACGAGGGCUCCAGUGGUUGCUUUUUCCAGAGAAAUGCUCAAGCGGUGGUCCCACCGUUGAUAAACCUUGUAUUCAGACUGAAAGGCACCAUCGUUGAGCAAGACAUUUCAUGCUAUUAUUUUCGCUCAUACCCGCCGUGGAAAAAAACUCUCCAAUCGUCUGAGCUGUUGAACCGGGCUUGGGUCUUUCAAGAGCGAUUUCUGUCCCCUCGAAUGCUCUAUUUUGACCGGCGGCAACUGUACUGGGAGUGCCGACAACUCAGCGCCAGUGAGGUGGCCCCAUGGGGUCUCCCUGGUAAGAGUAUGAUUCCCCUUAAACAGGAACAGGACCAAUGGGAUAUUCGGAAUUUGAUCACUCGUCCGCUGGCAGAUUCGCAGCCGCGUUACGUUCUCGACGACUCGCAGACGCCCAGUCCUGUACCGGCGAAUUGGGCGCGAAUGGUGGAAAUGUACAGUGCAGCAGGGCUGACGGUCAAGAGCGACAAGGUCGUGGCUCUUGCCGGAGUCGUCAAGGCAAUCAAGUCCCUCACGCGAGACGGGUAUUAUGCUGGACUGUGGCACGAUACGAUGCUAUGCGGGCUCUCUUGGUACCUUGAUCACCACUGCAGACCAUCCGAGAUUGCACCAUACCGACGAUCAGCCACCUACCGUGCCCCGUCGUGGUCGUGGAUGUCCAUGGACGGCGCAAUCUCAAUGAGUCAUACAACCUAUCCGCUUGAUGCGCGCCUUGGACGGUAUACAUUGGCGACAAUCCGCGGCGUUGACGUACACACCGUGGAUGAGGAUGGAAACGGGAACAUCAUAGACGGAUCCAUCACCAUCGAAGGUCACCUUGCGGAAUGUGAGCUGAAAGCACAACAGCUCGCAAAGUCUUCAUUCCCUACGGUGAUCUUGCUCCCCAGGUCUCAUGAGCAUACGACUGAUUGCGAGCCGCCGUGGUGCAUAAGUUGCAUAAUUGGGUGCAAGGUCCAUUUUGACGAUGGUUUGGACACCAUCGACUGCUACGCCUCUGUGUACAUCCUUCCCCUGUUUAGAGAGGUCGAUUAUGGUGAUCGGAGGACUUCCCUUGCCGAAGGGUUCCUUGCCAAAGAGACUGUCGUUGGGUUGGUCCUGACGAGGCAGCAAGGAGGGAAAUUUGCCCGUGUUGGCUGUUUUGCAGCACAUUACGACGUCUCGAAAUUUACCAAGUGGCCGAACGGGACAGUUGAAAUUGUCUAG